AUUUAAUAUUCAUAGCUGCACAAAUGUAGAGACGCAAAUGUUACUCAAAAGCGUUGACUAGUUGUGUGAGGCGUUUUAUAUGGUGUGUUUUGUUCAGAUUUUUACAGCGCAAAAAAUAGAAAGCGAAUUAGUUGAAACCAGAGAGUUAUCGAUUUUACUUUGAUUUUCACUUUCAGUUUGGUUAUGCGAUUCAGAUACCGUUAUUGUCUCUAAGUGGCUCUAUUUUCUACUUGCGUAUAACUUAAUAAUUGAAAAGACUAGGCAUUUAAGCCUAAAUUUAGCAAUAGGUGGAAGAAGCCGAUAAUUGUUGUUUUCCAAAAUGUAUUCCACUUUUUCCAGUCGCCAAAACCCGAACUUGCCCAGAAUAUUAGUUCUUCUUCUAGUCAUACUACUUCUGGCUUUAUUUUACCAGCAUUACAGUAACAAGCAAGUGCAAGGAGUCCUAGAAAGAGACAUAUCAUUUGGUCAGCAGCGGGCCAAGCAAGUGGAAAGGGAGCUGGACGCCAUACAAAAGGGUCUGCAAAUGGAUCUGAACAAAGAGAAGAGUGAAAAUGAAAAAGUGCGGUCAGAACUUCAGAACAUCAAGUUGUCGAUGGAGCAGCUGCAAAGUGUACAGAGUAGCAAAGACAGGACAUGUCAAGAAUACUUCGAUGAUCUGCAAGGAUGUAGAAGUGAGAAAGCAAAUUGUGUUCAAAAUGUUGAUAACUUGAGUAUGAACAUAAGUAAAUGUCUAGGUCAGAAGAAACUCACUGAAGACAAUGUGAACCAGAUGCAAGCGAAUAUCGAAAAGGCUUCCUCGGACUCUUAUCAGUUGAACCGACAGAUUGAACAGUUGCAGAACAAGAUGGCAGAAAAAGACCAGGAGCUGCAACGCCUUCAGCUCAAAAUCCAGGGACUCCAAUCGUCUGCAAAUCAGAACGCAAUGGCACAGAACCGAAAUCAGUAUAACGGCAACCAGCCAAACUAUCAAAUGAGUAAUAACAACGGGCAACCUCCAAGGUACGAUCAAAACAUACAACAACAAGGUCAACCACAGCAGCAACAGUACCAGCAACAGGCUCAAAAUGUUAACUAUCAGCCAGUGUAUAAUAAAGGUCCAAGCGACCAGGACAAAUCUCGACAAGUCUUAAGUGAAGUUGAAAAAAGUAAAGAGCCAAGUCAACAACAAGUUGUGGAACCAAAUCAAGUGGCAGCUCAGCAAAACGUGGAGUCCCAGAAUGGCCAGAAGAGUGGAGGUGAUAAUUCGCCCGGGGAAGAGCUUCCAGAGAUGCCAGCAAACUGGAGAGGUCAAGAUCACAAUGUCCCCGUAGAAGGUCACAACGAGCAAAUGGGUCCAGUUGCUCUGGAUGCGCUCGCGAAAGAUCAAAAUGAUGAACAUGAAGGAGCCGGAGAUAAAAAAGCGCAGGCUGCUCUCAAACCAAAUGAAUUUAAAACAAAUGGCACAAAAACAGAAGUUAAAGCUGCUCCGGGUCAAAUCGACGAAGGUGGUCUGAAGCAGAUAGGAGCACCAGGUGAAGACAAACAAGUUGAAAACGCAGCCGAAGUGGACUUCGUGCCUGGAGACGGACAGGGAGCCCUAUUGCCCCCGAUGGGCGAAGCUGAGAGAAAAGCAAUGGAUAAUAGAAUAGACAAUGGACAAGCUCAGGCGAAUUUGGCAGAAAAGCGAGAGGAGGCCGGCUUAGACCAGCCGGUAGGGUUCGAGAAUGACGCUGAAGAAGAAGAAGACGAAGAGGAGAACAAGCAGGAGCGAUAUCAGGAGAACGAAGCAGCAGAGGUCGAUCAAAGACAGGUAGAGGAAGGGGAGGAGGAAGAGAAUGAGGAAGAGAAUGAAGCGGCCGACACAGGCGGCGACCGAAUGAUGGAGGUAAACGCCGAAAACCGAAGACAGGAUUAUGAGAAAAAACCCGAAGGCGAAGUUCAGUUUGACGAUCCCUUAGAAGACACGAAUGAAGAGCAUGGUGAGGAAGAACGACAAGAAAUGCCGAACGCCGCCGACAACGCUCUCGGAGAUGACUUCAACGACGAAAAUGCAAGAGAAAAUCAAAACAUUCCUGACUUCGAGCAGAAUAAGAAGUAAAAAUAAAUCAACUAAAAAAGAUUAUAUAGACUAAAUGUUGCCUUAAGCAGAGUUUUAAGAUUUAAAAAGUUAGACGAGUUGUUUCUGUGAAGUCUAGUUUUCUCAAAGCGAAGCUGUUAUGACAUGAGUUUGUAAACUGAAUCACUGCAAUGGUGUAGCGCAUUUACCUCUGUUGUAUACUAUUUCAAGUACAUAUCAUCUCUUUAAAGUUUACCUAGUUAAUCAAAAAUGCCUUCUGGUUAUAUA